CACUGCGCUUUUCUUUGCUUGCUGACCGUCCAUACCAGUUCCUGAACUGAGCUGGGCGUUGAUAGUGAUGGUGUUUCCAACGUGAUUAAAUCUGAAGUUAUACACAUAUUUUUUAAAAAACAUUGCAAACUACAGUUUAAGAACACAACAAUGACGCUGCUGGGAAUCGGUUCUUUAUUUUACUUGGUGGCUGCCUAUUUAGCGUUUCCGACGGGCAAUUCGACAGUUGAACAAUCGACGCAAUCCUUUGCUAUGCCACCAACAAGUCGUUCGAGUCGUUCGUAUUAUCCUUACCGUUACACAGGACGUUAUUCGCCUGCCGACGUGUGGACGAUUCACGAAAAUCGACGAUACUUUGUGGACGAUUAUUUAUUUGGACGUAGGACUCCUUUUGAAUUCUGGAACCCAUCGCUGAGUCCUCCCAGAAAUUACGGUCACCAUCGUAGGCGUACGGGACCCCCUGCCGAUCAUCGCAGCCCUUCGCGACGGGUCGAUGAUGAAUGGUGGAGGAUCUUACGGUCCAUGGCCAAAACGGGCUUAGUUUCUUUAGAGAAGAGCAAGAUCGGUUCGAACGUCUAUUACGCUAACAAUGACGAUACGUCGGAAACGGAUGGCGAAUCGUUUCAUUUCGGAGGCCAAGCUCAACCGAGAAGACCCAAUCGAUUUGAAAAGAACCCAACGAAAAGUAAAAAACACAAUCGCAAACCAUCGCAAAACGUUAAGAAAGACGAGGACGAUGAUGAAUACAUUAAAAAGAGACCAGCCAUGGGUUUGGGAUUACCUUGGAUGUUUAAUUUAAUUGGACCGCCAGGCCCGCCUGGGAAAGAUGGCCGAGAUGGAUUAGCUGGACCAAUAGGACCAACAGGUAUGCAAGGACUACAAGGCAUUCAAGGUGUUCACGGAAGUGCUGGGCUCCAGGGUGUCCAAGGGCCUCCAGGUGCACAAGGACCACAAGGCCCACCCGGUGUCCCAGGAACUCAAGGACGAGAUGGAGCUGAUGGCAAAGAUGGCCGGGACGGGGUCGAAGGAAAGGACGGCAAAGACGGCCAGGAUGGGGCACCUGGUCUGACAGGAUUGGCUGGAACAAAUGGUCAAGACGGGAAGGACGGAAGAGACGGUCAAGAUGGCGCUCCGGGUCCACCAGGUGUGCCAGGAGAAAAUGGGAAAGAUGGACAGGACGGAAAGGACGGCCAAAACGGAAAAGAUGGGCAGGACGGAGCUCCAGGCCCUCCAGGACCACCUGGAAAAGACGGGAAAGAUGGAACUGACGGCACAGGUGGGCAAUUCGGACAGGACGGUACCGAUGGCCAAGAAGGACAAGACGGCAAAAAUGGAGCCCAAGGUCCAGUUGGUCCUGCUGGAACAUCUGGUAAAGACGGAACGGAUGGAAAAGUCGGAGAUCCGGGUUUGCACGGUCUUCAUGGAACGGCUGGCGAGGCUGGAAAUCCUGGAUCGCCAGGACUUCCAGGUGAAUCAGGUGAACACGGUACUCCAGGAGCGGUUGGUCCACCAGGUACACCUGGUACAGGUGGUACACCAGGAACUGGGGGUACUCCUGGAAGCCCAGGCUCGCCAGGAUCGCCAGGAUCUCCCGCAUCUCCAGGAUUGCCUGGCGAUAAUGGUAUCCCAGGAGACCCUGGGCCGCCAGGUAACAAUGGAGUACCUGGAAGUCCCGGAGUGCCCGGAGUACCUGGAGUUGGUUGAGAAUAAUCCGAGUUGCAUCGAUGCUGCGGUCACAUGUAAGGAACGAAAUCUUCUUGCCUACACCUACACCGUAUACAGAAGCUUCAAUUCUUUUAUUUAUUGAUAUUGAAUUCAAGGCGAUUGUUAUAUCUCCUUAUAUCCAAAAUUGAUUGUUUAAUCUCAAUAUUAUUUAUGUUUUAUUAUUCGAGGUCUAAAAACAACAGCUUCUACAUUACAAAGGAUGACAAUACAAAUUACGGAUUCUA